CAAAAUAUAGCACGAAGUGGCGCUUCGAUCGGUGUCAAGUCUAUUUUAAGGUCGUUCAAUAGUUCUAUUUUUCUUUGAAAAAGUAUUAUUAUCGCAGAUCAGAUUUUACGACUUCAAACGUACGAAAAUGCUAAUUAGCUUACUUAAUAAAUACGUAGUAACACCAUCGGUACAAAAAUGGAUGUAUAAUGUAUCUGGUUUUAAUAAAUACGGAUUAAUGCGUGAUGAUAUACGUAGCGAACUGGAUCCGGAUGUACAAGAAGCAUUAAGAAGACUUCCACUACAUAUAAGAGAUGAACGUAAUUUUCGCUUAGUAAGAGCCCUUCAGUUGGAUGCUCAGAAAAGAAUUCUACCUAAAGAACAAUGGACUAAAUUCGAAGAGGAUGUAUUAUAUCUUACCCCAUUAGUAAAUGAAGUUGUUAAAGAACGAGAAGAAAAAGAGAGAUGGAAUCUUGAAUAAAACUUGAUUGAAUCUAUUAGCAAUUAGUUGUAUACUUUAUAGCACACUGAUACUUGUGUCAUGAAGAAUGUGUUUAUAAAACUUAUAAAUAAUGUAUAAAUUAUAUAUAAAUAUAUUAAAUGAAAUAUAGUA